AUGGCACCAACUCAUCGUCGAGGACCUUGGGUCCCUGAGGAGGACCAGUUGCUACUUCAGUUGGUCCGCGAGCAAGGCCCCAACAACUGGGUGCGCAUUUCACAGCACAUGCACUACCGGUCUCCCAAACAAUGCCGGGAGCGAUUCCAUCAGAACUUGAAGCCCUCGUUGAAUCGGGAGCCCAUCUCCACCGAGGAGGGCUUGAUGAUCGAGCGCAUGGUCAACGAGAUGGGCAAGCGAUGGGCCGAGAUCGCCCGACGACUAGGCAACCGCAGCGAUAACGCAGUCAAGAACUGGUGGAACGGCAGUAUGAACCGCAAGAGAAGAGGUCUCUCUGCCGCUACCACGAGCCCAUCCCGCACAUUCCAUGGCCGAGUCGAAGCUCCGUACCCGCGCGCCUCGACGACCCUGAGCAGUCCCAUCAACCGUCCCCGCUUCUCCCUCUCCCACGACAGACCUCUCACUUCAUGGACGAACUCCUCCAGUAUCCAGACACGACGAGAAUCCUCCGCCGCCUCGGUCGACUGCCCCCGGCAGUUGAGUCCCAUCUACACUCUUCCUGCUCUGAACCGCCCCGUCGAGACGCCCUUGACUUCGCCCGCCUUCUCGGAUGUCUCUCCUCCUUCGAUGGUCUCCGACCACAACUCGGUUUCUUCAGCAUCCCCUAGAACCGUUGCAUCGCCGCAGCUGCUCCCGCUUCCGGUCGACCUUCGCAGACAAAGUCACGGAUCCGAGGACGGAUACGUGAGCCAUACAUACACCAAUCUCAAGAUCCUGGAGCCGUUCUCCGACGUGGCUUCGAAGCCACGCUGGGUCCCCGAUCAUCAGCCUUGGAGCCAUCCGACCGCAUCAUUGACACCGGCAUGGACAACGCCGGAGCCUUGCAGAUCGGAGCAGCAGUCCCGACGAGACUCACGAAUGGGUCUCGACAACCUGCUUAAUUAA